AUGAUCCGCAGGCGCCGCUGCCAAUACCUAGCCAUAGCUGUUAUUGCGCUACAUCUUGUGGUAUUUUCACUACUAAGCGCUAAGGGCUCAGAGAAACUCUUACCGUUGCAAAGUAUCACAAACAGCCUUUAUGAUUAUGCGUUACUUUUCAAAGAGGGCGAUUCUUUUCCCUUUGAUGCAUGGGCAGAUAAGGUGUUUGGUGACUACUUGAGGGAUCAAGGUGAGAGUGGUAGCCAGGAGGCUCGGCUUGCUGCGUUUUCCACCAACAGCUCAGCAUUUGGAGCGGAUAAUAUGGAAGUGAAGUUGCCUGAAUUUCUUAAAGGAGACUCGGAGAACCCUCUUUUGAUGCCCUUCGAGCCUCGCUUGACGUUAGGGAUGAUCCUUAAUGAGUAUAACCACCUUCUAAAAGAAACAGAAGGAAGGACACCAGCAUCUUUUGAAUAUAACAUUCCAGUGUUUCAUUGGGCUGAUUGGACGGAUUUAUCACUGUUGUACCCUCAUUUUAUGUCUUUUGGGGAGAACAGACAGUCGUGUAAGAUGUUCGGUAAGACGCCACGUAAAACCAGGAAAAACCCUAAUCCAGAAAAAACGUCUCCACAUUGGUGCCUUGAUGAUUCCGAAAUUGCAUUUCUUUACCACGAGAAUAUCAUUCACAAUGCUCAGAAAAAGGCGGGGUUCAGGGAGAUUUUGCAGUCGCCUCUAAGGACUGGUUUUCAUGUUGACAAGUACGGAGGCAGAACGCCUCAUACGCUGAAGAAGUUCGAGGCAGCAUCUUAUCUUAAUGAUUUUAUGGAUAAACCUUUAUCUGUCAUUCUUCUAUUACCCCAUCCAUCAGGCCGUCUGAGAUCUCUUAGGCUAGGGGUCAAUCGAGAGGUUGGUAGUCGCGUGCGGUUACUGCAAUCUGAUUUGGCUAAAUCAGUUGCUAAUAGAGUCGAUACUGUCAACCUUCGGGACGAGCUUCGCCAGCUCGAAUCCUAUUAUACCAACGAAGGCAGCGACAUGUACGCUCCCAACAUAGAGCUUCAUCAUGAAGACUUCAUUGAAGAUUCGAGAGUCAAACUAAAAGAGCUUCAAUCGAGAAACAACCUCACCACACACGAGCAUAACUACUUCCUCAGUUUAAACUUAUCUUUGAGUGAGACUGAACCAACGAAGUAUCUAUACGAAGCUGAGCUUCACAAGUCGUCCACCAAUUGGGCUUGGGGCAGCCACUACGACUGGAGGUUCUACAAAGAGAUCAUCAACUUCACCGAACUACAGGCCCCUUCAUUGCAUAGCCUCACACUGGCCUGGCUUCGGUUUAUUAAUGCUCAGCACUUAAAUAGCUGGGUUGCACAUGGUACUUUACUUUCAUGGUACUGGAACGGUAUUAACUUCCCAUGGGAUGCUGAUGUGGACGUCCAAAUGCCGAUUAAAGACCUCCAUAGACUCGCCCGUGAUUUCAACCAAUCCGUUAUUGUGGAUUUUGGCACUGACGUUAACGGAGAGAUCAAGACUGGGCGGUACUUCAUUGAUAUUGGAACGUGGAUCUCACUGCGGGAGUAUGGUAAUGGUCGUAAUAAUAUCGAUGGCAGGUUCAUUGAUAUGGAUACGGGACUUUACAUUGACAUAACAGGUCUUUCUAUAUCAAACACUAUUGCACCAAAAGAGUAUGAUAGAGAUUUACCAAAGGGUCUCAAAAGGGUAAAUCCGGAUCGGUCCAUGGAUGAGCUUGAGGUGCUCAGAAACAACUACCUUCAAGUAUACAAUUGUCGGAAUAAGCAUUUUGCAUGGCUUCACGACUUAUCACCAAUGAAGCUUACAUACGUGGAGGGCGUUCCAGCAUACGUGCCGAAUGACUUUAUGCUAAUGUUACAGCGUGAGUAUAACGCAGGUGGGCUAUUCGAACAAAGGUACAAGCGAUACGUAUUUCUCCCACGGUUGAGGGUCUGGUAUCCUCUGGACAAGGUCAAUGAUUUUGUCACUGGGAAGGGAAAAGACUUUGAGCCUAUCCUUGAGCUUGGAACGGAUAAGUCGAAGGCUGUGAGUAGCAUUGAUAAAAUGGCCGUGUAUUCUAUGUCUGAUGAAGACUACUUGGAGUUCAUGGCUCGUGAGAAACCCCUUUUGGUAGAAUACUUGGCUACCAGAGAUGUCACUUCCCUCCAUGAAAAAGAGAUGAAGCAGCUUCUCAAGAACAAACCUACUGAUCAAUUGUUACUCGAGAACGAGCAAUUAGUACACCAGUUCUCGUCAUUCAGGAGGGACUACACUAAAUUCAGGAGAGUCAAGGAGAAUUUUUCUUUUGAUGAGAAAGUAAAUGAGUUAGCCCAAGAGAUGUUUUCCUUCAGAAAGGGUGUUUCGUUAAGCGCCGAAGAGGUGGACUAUGACCCAGAGCCAGAACCGGUUAACCAAGAUGACGGGAGUCCCGCCCCUGCCGUAAAGUUCCAACCUGUUGGUUCAGCACCUGAAAGACCAAGAAACAUGGAUGCAUAG